UACAAAACAUGGUGCACCCUUCAUUGCCAGUGUUUUGGAAUUUUCGUCACUUGGCUGUUGGUCCCCGUCUUUAGCAACCAAUGGACUGACAUCAGCCGGUGGAGAUGCUGCUUAAAGAUCUUCCCAGAGAGGCCCUGAUGCGGCCGCUGUCCAGGAAUGAGGUGGUGGGCAUGUUGUUGAGGUUGACCAUCUUUGGUGCAGCGACCUACUACAGCAUCAAAUGGGUUUUAGACGCUAUGGACCCUACCUCCAAACAGAAAAGUCAAGCCAAGAAAAGGGCAGAACAACUGAUGAAGAGGAUUGGUGUUGAGGGCGUUCAACUAACAGAUUAUGAGCUGAACAUUGCAUCUCAACUUGUUGAUCCCCAAACUAUGAAGGUGACCUGGAGAGAUAUAGCAGGUCUGGAUGAGGUUGUCAAUGAGCUGCAGGACACAGUCAUCCUGCCCUUUCAAAAAAGACACCUUCUGACUGGAUCCAAACUCUUUCAGCCCCCUAAAGGUGUUUUAUUGUUUGGUCCUCCGGGAUGUGGGAAGACCAUGAUCGCCAAGGCAACAGCCAAAGCCUCAGGCUGCAAGUUCAUUAACCUUCAGGCCUCCACGCUGACCGACAUGUGGUACGGCGAGUCACAGAAGCUGACUGCUGCCGUUUUCUCACUGGCAAAAAAAAUCCAGCCCUGCAUCAUCUUCAUUGAUGAGAUUGAGUCAUUUCUGAGGAACCGCUCCAGCCUGGACCAUGAGGCCACAGCCAUGAUGAAGGCCCAGUUCAUGAGCCUGUGGGACGGCCUGGAUACUUCCUCAACCACCCAGGUGAUGGUGAUGGGAGCUACAAACAGGCCACAGGAUAUGGAUCCAGCCAUUUUGCGCAGGAUGCCCGCCACUUUUCAUGUUGGCUUGCCAAAUACAAGACAAAGACAGGACAUCCUGAGGCUGAUUUUAGCAGGAGAAAAUUUGAGCAAUGCGAUUAAUCUGAAGGAGAUUGCGGAGAAGACAGAGGGCUACUCCGGCAGUGACCUCCGGGAGCUUAGCCGCGAUGCUGCCAUGUACCGGUUCCGGGACUAUGUCCGCAAGGAGCAAAUGAGACAGAUCGCUCAGCAACUACAGGACUGCCAGGAGGAAGAAAGACCUGUGGACGAGGAGCGACUGCGGCCGGUCACCCAGCUGGACCUCCUUUUCGGCCUGGACAAGAUGAAGGAAUCUAAGCGGGCCACCGUCUACAUGUUACCCACUGUGUCAGAGGUACCGCUGGACUAAACACCAACACUGCACCGCGAUGGGAAAUAUUUUCUUCUUGCUUUUUGUUUUAACUCGACAAGCAGAGGCUCCACCAACAUGUCAGGGGUUGCAGCUGGAAAAGCCAGAAAUCAGCCAUACUUUUAUUUAUGCAGUGUUUGUUCUGAGCAUGCUCACUUUCAGCACAACCCUGCCACAAGUGUACAGCUGCAAUACUUUUGGAAAUCUAAUGUCUCCUACUGGCCACUGUGAAUGCAUUGUCCGUAAACGUUAUGAAUCCAUCUGAAGUUACUGCUAGUAAUCCUACAAACUACUCUUCUACACCACUGUAAGGUUCCAUAUACCGUCCCACCACUGACUUACACGUGAUCAUGAGCAAAGGGGGUUAAGCUCCAUGACUCAUGAGUCUGGAAUCUAGACCAGUAAUCUCUUGAGGUUUGCUGCUUGAUUUUAAAUCGACUCUUCCUGAGUUACCGCUCCCAAGGAGUACAAAAUACCCCAAAAAAUGUCUUGUUUUUAGUU